AUGUCGUCACUCUUACCCGGCCACCUUCUCCUCCUCGUAGCAGAGCACGCAGACUUUGCCCAGAUCCAAGCCCUCCGAGCAACCUGCAAGACCAACCGCGCCCUGCUGGACAGCUACCAGCACACCGUAACAAGAGUCAACACCGCCCGGUACCCCUGCGCACCACGCAACCACAUCCUCGCCUCCGACACCCGCGAGCGCGAGGUGCUGCCAAAAGACACAUUUGAUACCAUCCGAGAGCUAGAGACGCGGCACCGACACAUUGAGCAGAUCGUCCACGGCUCAUACCUCGCCUUUUGGGAAGAGUACGGGCUCCAGGACGCGAAUAAGGCGGACACCAUCCGCGCCAACCUAAAGAGAGCCCUCUGGCAGUGCUCGGCGAUUGCGGACCUGGAGACGCACUCAAUACGGUACAGAGACGACGUCGUCCCCCGCCGGGAUUCUUGUGUGAAGUCUCUCAUCCAUCAGGAGAUUAUACUCCACGACGCGCCCCCUCCCGACGGCUGGCAUCUGGCUUUGAGGGAGGUCCACGAGUCCAACCGCCAGGAUGUGCGGUUCCGUCAAAUCGCCCACGUCCGCAAUGACCUCUCUACGCAGGACCUCGCGGGCAUAGUAGUCCUCGCGCACCUCGCUAGUCAGGGGUACCGGAGGUACAGGGCUCCCACGACAAACGGGCUGAGCCGGCCCGAGAUUAUCGAGAUGGGGGUGUGUAUGGCGGAGAACACCAUCCGCCACGGCGUUUUCUUUCUGUAUAGCAAGGUCGUAGCUGGCGAGGGUGAAGGCGACGAAGACGGGCGGCACCACGCGAGGCUGCUUCUGGACGAUACCUUUGACGAGAUGCGGCGGUGGGAGGCCGGGGAUCCUAGUGUGCUUCCCGGUCUGACGAUGAGCGUCGCGUCUACGUUUUGCGAGAAGAUUGGGUGCGAGCACCGGGAUAUGCUGGAUGCUGCGUGUACGUUGUUGAGGGGGGAUGUGUGGCGUCCUGCGGCGGAGGAGGACGAGGGGGAGGAGGUCGAGCCUGAGGCUGGGAGGGAGAAGCCUACUGGGGAAGAGGUUGAGCAGGAUACCGAAGCCAUCCAUCACCACACUCACCACCAUCGCCAUCUACUGACGAUCAACACCACCACCAAAAUCACGAUUUAUCACACAACCACCAUCCGAACCCCUCAAACCGCAAACAUGGCCAAAGCAACAUACGCACCCUCCACCUUCUCCGAGACCUCGACAAUCUGCUCCUUUGAAAAGGAAUCCUUCGAAAAAGACCCCGCCGUGACAGUAGCACCAGUACCCGCCGUCAAGGAACGCCGCUCUCUCCGCUCAAGAGUCAAGAAGGCCCUCCGCGAGGUCGGAAACCCGCCCACCUACCGCUACGACCUCGAGCACGGCAUCGAGACCAAGAGGACGGUGCCCGUCGGCCCCAUGGGUUUCAACGUCCUCAACCAGCCCUCGCGCAUGUAA